AUGCAGCUCUUCCAGACUCUCCUUGCCGGCGCGGCUCUCAUUGCCGCCGUUGCUGCUGAAAGGCCCGCUUUCACCACAUUCCCCAAGGACCCGAGAGUUGGCGAGCCCAUUACGGUGACCUGGGCUGGAGGCAACCCUAAUGCUCGCAAAAAGACAGAUACUAACGUGAUAACAGCCCAAGCAACUGGCGGCUCCUGCACCUUCACUCUGCCUGCAUCCCUCCCCUCAGGCCCCGACUAUGCUCUCCAGAUCAAGCAGGGUGACGAAACCAACUACACCGGCCAGUUCAGUAUCACUGGCGGCCACGGCGCUCCAUCGUCUGCCCCUGCUUCCACCACUACUGCCGCUCCUUCGUCUAGCUCUUCUGGCGAGCCCUCAAAGCCAGUAACCAAGCCAGCUGUUACUUCCACCCCUCAUGCCAGCAUGACCAUGUCCAACUCUGCCAACCAUACCACCAUGACCACCAUGACGAGCAAGCCCAGCUCUCCCACCCCAAGCAUGGGAACUGCCACCACCACCAGCGACCGCAACACCACCAUGUCUUCGCAAACCCUCACUUCCCAGUCCGAGAGCGCUACUCUCACUCCAAGUGCUACUCCAACUGGAAACGCAGCCUCGUUGACCGCCCUGUCCAGCCCGCUCGCGCUCAUCAUGGCCGGUCUUGUCGCCUUCGCUUAUCUCAACUAA